AUGUGGGAUAAAAAUAGAACAAACAAGUAUGAAGCGUGCACAGGAUCAUUAGUAAAAGAAUUGUUCGUAUUGACAGCUGGUAUGUGUUGUACUGGGUACACUGUAUAUGAUAUAGAAGUGUGCCAAGGAUCACCAUUACAAGUUGAAAGCAUUGACUUUCAUAGGGUUGCCAACAUAUACCUACACGAACAUUUUAGUGUCGAAAGAAAUAAUAUUUGUGUGUUAAAACUAGAAAAAAAAUUCCCAGAAAUCAAGACAUUUUUGAAAAUUGGUGGUUCGUCUAAAGAUUUUGCCUUUGGCAAAAAGUUGAAUUGUAGAAUUUUUGGAUUUGGUCUAACUGGAGAUAAAAAAUCAGACGUUGGUACAGGAUACACGAUGACCAAUGAUAUCGUAUAUGGUAGAAAAGCUUGUCGAAAACAUGAUAGUGAUAGGAUAAAAAUAAAUUGGGAACAAUAUUUAUGUCUGGUACCACAAAAUUCUCCCAAUGAUCCAUCAACAUGUCUAGGGGACGGUGGAGGUCCGAUGAUUUGCAACAAUAAGCAAUAUGGAAUAAACAGUUUUAUGUAUUCUAUAAUUCCAGAAAACAAUAUAUCAUGUGGAGCUCUUAACCAGCAGGUGGUUUACAUGUUCGUGGAUGUUCAUAGAAAAUGGUUAAAUAAUAUAAUAGAACCAAAAAAGAAGAAGAAACGGAGUUCUGGGAAUUUGCUUAAGACACGUCAUUACACAUUGUACAUACUUUUAACAUUAGUAUUGUGUAUUAUGUUGACAUUUAUUUAA